AUGAAAAUCGGUGAACUCGCGAAACGCAGUGGUCUCACGGCCCACACCAUUCGCUACUACGAACGGAUCGGGCUGUUGCCCUUUGCGGAUCGCGAUGCCGGCGGACGACGCGACUACGACGCGUCGAUCCUCGUCUGGAUCGACUUCCUCGACCGGUUGAAGACCACCGGCAUGCCCAUCCGCGAGAUGCUGCGCUACGCGGCAUUGCGUGAGGAGGGUGAACACACCGGGCCGGAGCGGCGGCGCAUCCUGGAAGCGCAUCGCGAACAGGUGCGGGCGCACAUGGCCGAUUUGCAGGCCUGCCUUCUCGUUCUCGACACCAAGAUCGACACGUAUGUCGAGGAAAGCAGGUUGGAGCGCGGGCAGCGCGCUCUUGAGGCCAUAGACGGCAAGGCAGGCCGGAACGUGAUCGAGGCGCUGGCCGACAUCGCGCCGGAUUUCGCCACCUAUCUGUUCGAGUUCCCCUUCGGUGAUAUCUACUCGCGCCCGGGCCUGUCGUUGCGCGACCGCGAGAUCGCCACGAUUGCCGCGCUGGCGGCAAUGGGGACGGCACCUCCCCAGCUCAAGGUGCAUAUCGAGGCCGGAUUGAAUGUCGGCCUGAGCCGGGAGGAAAUCACCGAGAUCCUGAUGCAGAUGGCGGUCUACGCCGGCUUUCCCGCCGCGCUGAACGGGCUCUUCGCGGCGAAAGAGGUCUAUGCACUGAGGGAAGGUUCGCCAGGCUUCAGCCUCGGUUCGCGGAGCGAAGUACGUUCGCUGCGACGAUGCAGUUUGAUGAAAAGCAAGAUGAAGAAAUAUCAGUCAUACAAGAUCUCCGUGGCGCCCAUGAUGGAGUGGACGGACCGCUUUUGCCGUGCCUUCCACCGGCAAUUGAGCGGCAAUGCGCUGCUCUAUACGGAGAUGGUCGCGGGCGCUGCCGUGAUCCAUGGAGACCGUCAACGGCUGCUCGGUUUCCGCGAUCUUGAGCACCCCGUCGCCUGCCAGCUAGGCGGUUCCGACCCGAAGGAGCUGGCUGAGGCGGCGCGCAUCGUGGCGGAUUUCGGCUAUGACGAAAUCAACCUGAAUGUCGGCUGCCCUUCCGAUCGUGUGCAAUCGGGGCGGUUCGGCGCAUGCCUCAUGCGCGAGCCUGACCUCGUGGGCGAAUGCGUUUCGGCCAUGAAGGCUGUCGUUUCGGUCCCUGUCACCGUGAAGUGUCGUAUCGGUGUCGACGAUCAGGAUCCGGAACCGGCGCUCGACGCGAUGGCUGACCGGGUGGUCGAGGCCGGCGUCGAUGCGCUUUGGGUCCAUGCACGCAAGGCGUGGCUGAAAGGGUUGUCGCCGAAGGAAAACCGGGACAUCCCACCGCUCGACCAUGACCGGGUCUAUCGGCUCAAGCAGCGUCUGCCGGGCCUUUACAUCGGAAUCAACGGCGGGAUCGCCGAUCUGGACGAGGCUGAAGCGCAUCUUGCCCAUGUCGACGGAGUGAUGCUCGGGCGUGCCGCCUAUCAUGAUCCCUGGGUCCUGGCGCGAGUCGACAGCCGGUUUCACGGCGAAGAAGACCCCGUUUUAGACAGGGACGAGGCAAUCGAGCGGUUUCGUCCCAUUGUCGAGGAGGAACUCGCGAAGGGCGCCCGCGCAAAUCAGCUCAUGCGCCACAUGCUUGGCCUCUAUCACGGCGUGCCGGGCGCACGCGCGUGGCGCCGACGGCUGACCGUCGAUGCCGUCAGACCGGGUGCCGGGAUCGAGGUGCUCGAUGCGGCGAUUGCCGAGAUCGGACGGGGCGGGCUGGACAAAAGCGGCGAGGUCAUCGGCCUUGCUUUCGCGCUGCUGGCGUCGGGCGCCGUUGCCGGCCUUCUGGCCGGUGUCUUCGGCAUUGGCGGCGGGGCGGUUCUGGUGCCCGUCCUGUUCCAGUUCCUGACCUGGCUGGGCGUCGACGAGUCCGUGCGCAUGCAUGUGUCGGUGGCGACAUCGCUCGGCAUUAUCGUUCCCACGUCGAUCCGCUCCUUCCUCGCGCACAAGAAGCGUGGUGCCGCGGAUCUCGAGCUCCUGAAGAGCUGGAUCAUUCCCGUGCCGGCCGGUGCCAUUGUCGCGAGCUUUGUCGCCGCCUAUGUUUCCGGCGACGAACUCAAGGCCAUCUUUGCUGGCAUUGCGGUCGCGGUCGGUCUCAGAAUGCUCCUGAACCGGGAGAGCUGGCGGUUGGGCUCCGACAUCCCCGGAAAUCCCGUGCGUGCGAUCUGCGGCAUGCUGAUCGGAUUUUUCUCGACCCUGAUGGGCAUCGGCGGUGGCGUCAUGAACAACACGUUCAUGACCCUGUUCGGCCGGCCGAUCCAUCAGGCCGUGGCAACCUCGUCGGGCACCGGCGUUCUGAUCUCCAUUCCCGGUGUGAUCGGUCUCGUGUGGGCCGGCUGGGGACACCCGGACCUGCCUGCGUUCUCGCUCGGCUACGUGAACCUGCUCGGUGUCGCGCUGAUCAUUCCGAUCACGACGUUUGCGGCGCCCUUCGGCGUCAAGAUCGCCCAUGCGCUGCCCAAGCGCGCGCUGGAGAUCUUCUUCGGCCUGUUCCUGCUGAGUGUUGCGGCACGUUUCGCCUGGAGCCUGUGGGCCGGCUGA